CAACCCCACGUGACCCUACGUCAUUUCCACACAUGCGCAUUAGUGACUGAGCCGCUUAGCAGUGAGAUGAACAGAAAUGUCUUUGUUUUCCUUUUAAAGAUUUAAAGUAUUUUCUGUAAUCAGAUGAUGGAGGAGAACGGGACAGACCUGCGGGCUGAGUCAGAGCAGUGUGUUUAUACAUGUGCGAGACAGAAGUUGGAGAAUCUGCUGAAUAAGAGCAUGAAGAUUCAGAUGACAGAUGGCAGAACGCUGCUCGGACUUUUCCUCUGCACUGAUAGAGACUGUAACGUCAUUCUGGGUUCUGCUCAGGAGUUCCUCAGGACCACUGACUCGUUCUCUCAGGCUGAGCCACGUGUAUUGGGGUUGGCAAUGAUUCCUGGCCAUCAUGUAGUUUCGAUUGAAGUGGAGACAGAGAGUUUACAGAGCCACGGCCUCUGAGCAGGGCAUCAUAGGAAAUCCGUUUUCUUUUAAUGCCCUGUUUUAAUGUCAGUGUAUGGAGUUAAAAGUCUGUGGAGACACUGGACAACAUGGACAUUAAUAAGAGACAUGGGCUCGUGUGUGUGUAGCUUUGAUGAUAAAUGUGUGGGUAUUUGUAACAGUGAGAGAUGUGCUGAGGUAUAUUGUGAUAUUAUUCACACACACACAUGCAUACACACAAGGAACACCAGUGCAAACAGUGAAGUAUUUCACCAUGUGACACGAGUCUGGACCCGAAUAAACAAAAUAGUGGUGUGUUUUCA